UGUAGCCUCCCUCCCUCCUUCGACUUUCAUUUUUACUCAUGGAUUGAUUUAGUUAAUGGAUCCAUCAUCCAUCCAUCUAGGGUUUACUUGCUUCUAUUUCUUCUUCAACGGAAAAUCAAAAGAUUUUUAUUCAAUUCAUCAUAGAUGCAAAGUCAGUUGUAUUUGAAUGAAUGAAAACCUCUGUCCAAGUUGAUUUUCGUACAAUUGUUGCUCAGUUUUCUUUUUCAAAAUUGUAUUCUAUGUGUAGAUAGACGAGGGGAUAUCAAUUGAUAAGCACUUCACAGAAGCUUUGACUGAGACAUCACCAGCCUCAUUUGCAAUACCUUUUCAAAGCUCCGUCAAUGGCAUACUUCAACCUCUCUUUCCUCGCCCUCCUCCUCCUCCUCCUGCCCCCACUCGCUCUCCUUCUCAUCCUCUACCUCAUAGUCCGGCCCCGCCCUGUCAAGAUCCCAAUCAAGAACCGCCACGUGUUCAUCACCGGAGGUUCCAGCGGAAUCGGGCUGGCAUUGGCCCAUCAGGCCGCCUCCGAGGGUGCCCGAGUCUCCAUCCUCGCCCGCUCCAUCGACAAGCUCGAGGAAGCAAAGAAGUACAUCCAACUCUCCACGGGCAUUGACGUGUCGAUCUUCUCUGCUGACGUUCGUGACUACGAUGCAGUAUCAAAAGCGGUGGAGGAGGCAGACCCCAUUGAUGUGCUGAUUGUCAACCAAGGGGUCUUCGUCCCUGAUGAACUCGAGAAGCAGGGAUUGGAUGAGGUGAAGUUCAUGGUGGACGUAAAUCUGAUCGGCAGCUUCAACAUGAUCAAAGCUGCUUUGCCCAAAAUGAAGAAAGGAGACAGUAUACCCCGUUCGAUUGCUCUCAUGUCUUCCCAAGCUGGUCAAGUUGGUAUCUACGGCUACACAGCUUACUCUGCGAGCAAGUUUGGGCUUCGUGGGUUGGCCGAAGCUCUGCAACAAGAGGUGAUAUCUCAUGAUAUUCAUGUUUCUCUUAUAUUCCCUCCGGACACAGACACCCCUGGUCUCACUGAAGAGAUGAAAAAGCGGCCGCAACUAUCUAGCAUUAUAGCAGAGUCAUCAGGGAUGAUGAAAGCUGAAGAAGUUGCGAAGAAGGCUUUUGAGGGGAUCAAGUCUGCUGCUUUUAUUGUGCCUUGUAACCUUGAAGGGGCGUUGCUGUCUAUUGCCACUGCUGGGAUGUCUCCUCAGAGAUCGUUUGUUAUGGCAUUUGUUGAAGUGGUUGCUGCUGGUUUGGUUCGUCUUGUUGCUCUAUUUUUUCAGUGGAAUUGGUAUAAUGGUAUACACAAGUGGCAUGCACAGAACAAAAGGGCCUAGCUUGGUGCAUUGUAAGGGCACUUCUUACACUGCACUUGUUGGUUGCGGGAUACUUUGGUUCUUCGAGUCACUGACCUUCACAGAAGGUGGUUUUGGCUAUCGAAUUCGCACCGAGCAUCGCUUAGCAUUUGGUAUUUGGUACUUCAUAUAGGGUUUUUUUUUCGUCGUUGUUGUUGUUGUUAAAUAUAUAAUUUGAGCCUCUAUAUUGGGUAUAAUAAUGAAUCUCCCCUGAAAUUAUGGGUUAGGUAGGCUCAGUAAUUGGAGGUAUUAUAGUGUGGUAUUGGAGUAUAACUACAUGGUAUAAGUUGUAUAUGAUAUUUAGUAUAUGAUAUUUAUAGUCCCGAUCUCUUGGACUACAGGGGUCCAAGAGAUUUGUGGUCACUCACCGUUGGAUGUAAAUUCAACGGUUCA